AAAUGUUGCAGAGGCAAUCGAAUUUUAUCCAGUACGUUGUCCGUUGCUUAUAAUCUUAGCAACAGAAUCUACUUCUCAACAAAUUUAUUUCAGUUCAAUACUACAGUUAUUAAAAAGACAGAAAAACGUGCGAAUUAAGUAUGCCGAAGGAAACCAUGACGUCCACAAUGACUAUCCAGAAAGAGUUGCACCAUUAAUCAAUAAGUUUUUGUUGUAUAAAUCUAAUAAACUUUAAAUUAUGAACCAAUAAUUUUUUUACGUAGUAGCGAUUAUUUGAUGCACCCUCGUAACAUUAUAUCGCUAUAUAAAAUAAUUAGAUAAUAUAUACUUAUCAAAAAAAAACAAUUAGUAACAAUAAUAAUUUAUAGAAAAUAUUACGCCAAAUGACCUUGAUUCCAAUAUUCAAUGUAAGUAGCUUUAGAAACUUUUGUUCGCGUUCAUUCGACUUUUUAGGUUAUAUACAAUAAACCAACAAUAUGAACGUAGAUAAACGUAAUAAAAAUUUGGUUAUCAAUGAGUUUCAAAUACCAGUUCCAUGGGGACAUAUUGCAAUAAAAGCUUGGGGAGACAACAAAAAUCCACAUGUCUUGCUAUUUCAUGGAAUUGCAGAUAAUGCAGGAAGUUUUGAUAAUCUAAUUCCAUACUUAUCAGCUAGCUUUUAUUACAUUUGUGUCGAUCUUCCUGGACAUGGAUUCUCCUCGCCGUUUCCACCACAUUUACCUAUACAUUCAACAGAUUUUCUCAUAGUAUUCAAAUUGGUGGUCGACUAUUUUGAAAAACAAAAGUAUACCAUAAUAGGACACAGUUACGGAGGUCAGAUUGGUUUGCUGUUUGCUAGAGUGUAUCCACAACAUGUGGAAAAAUUCAUAUCUUUAGACGGUUUGGUUUUGUUUGCGAUAGAAGCAAAAGAAUCCAUGAAAAUUCUAAAAUCGCGAUUAGAAAAGCAUGAAGAGAUAGUUGCAGCCAAGCCUGAAACUUAUACCUACGAAGAAGCCUUAAAUCUCAUUUCCAAAAAUAGAUUUCAUGGUGAGGUUUUAACUAGAGAAGCGUGUGAACCUUUGUUGAAGAGAUGUUUGCAUUUACAAGAUAACGGAAGGUAUAUCAUAACCACAGAUCAACGUAUAAAGUCUUAUAUAAAUCCUCUUCAUGAUAUGAGAUAUAGAAUAGAGACUUUAAAGUACGAUCCCAUAAAAUGUCCAACUUUAAUGAUAUAUACUAAACUCAACGACCGACCAAGGAAAAAGUACCAUAAGUUGCUGGAAAAACUGCACGCAAAUAAAAACAUUACCGUUCAAUAUAUUGAUGGAGACCAUGAUAUACAUAACAAGAAACCGACGGCAGUAGCUCCUUAUAUAAAUAAAUUUUUGUUAAUACAAAAGUCUAAAGUAUAGUUUUUAAAAAAAUUAACCGCUUUUUCAAGUAUCUAUAGGUAGUUGUCGAAACAAAAAUUUCCAAUUUUCUUGUUUAAUUUCUGGCGCAGUCAAUAGGAUUUCAAGAUCUACAGUAAAACGACUCAAUAUUAUAUAGUGAGUUUGGAAAUAUCUGCCCGGUUUGUAAUCGUAAUAAAACACGCUAAUUUGGCGAUUACAAAUUGAUACCAACAGUUUAUUGUGAUUUGUGCUAACUGAUACUGGUGGGUCAGAUAGAUAACCUUUUAUCAGGGUCAGGCCUAAUCUCGAUCAUAUUAUAUUGUUGGAUUGUGAGAGCAACAGACGUUACAAUAUAUUAUUUUGAAGCUAAUACCAUUAGCUUGAAGAUUUUACUAAUUUCGUGUUGUUUUUUUACCGGUUACUUGCGAUUGUAUGGGUGUCGCCCUGAGUCGGUUUUUUCGCGCACGAUUGUAUAUAUAAACCGAUAUUUGUUGAUGGAAUGACAAAUAUCACCACGUCGUCGUUUAUAAUCUGUGAUCAUCUUUAACUAGAUCGUGUUAUUUAUUUUUGGUACGCUCCUAACUCUAACGGCGAGUCGCAGAUUGUCGUAUGAUUAGCAAUACACACCCCCUUGAACUAGACAUAGGAAUAAAUAGAAUAACACAUCAAUUAUUAAUUUAUUUACAAACAUUUAUUAAUUUAAAUAUAAAAUUUCAUAUA